UGUUCUUUAUACGGUGCACAGUUGUCCGACGACCGGCGCCGCACGUCGCGCAAACAUCAGCAGCCGAUAAUAUUAUAAUAGUAUAUACCUUUACCUACGUAUGUUUUUUUUUUUUAUAGUCGAAUCCCGUCCGACCGCACGACAACCGCUCAUGUUCUGUACCAUUAAGACAAGUGCAUGCCCAGUGCCCACGGUGUAUAAUAUGUGAGCUCAUGGUUGUUUUACCUCCGUAUUAAAAACGAACCACGUUUAUGAUAAUAAUAAWUUUCUGGUAGAUAUUUAAAUAUUUUUUGAUUUUUUGAUUUUAAUUAUUGUCGAGUUUCAAACUUAUUUGUUCUGUGACGCACUUCUGUAGUGAUCGACGGCAAAAUCCAAAGACGACAGCUGCUAACACAUAUCACGGCUCAAACUCCAACACAAAAAACACAUAGAAUCAAAAGCACGAAUCACCAAUAUAGAGGAUAAUGUUCCCAGCAGCCAUCAUAAUCGUGGUAUGUUGUACGGCAGUGGUACUAUUCUUGUACAAGUAUACGACAUCCACGUACAAGUAUUGGAAUACGAAGUCGGUGACGUUUGCCACACCCGUACCACUAUUCGGCAAUAUCAAAGACCAUGUGAUGCUAAAGAUGACCCAGGGCGAAUGCUUGAAAAAUAUUUACAAUGAUUAUCCUCGUGAAAAGUUUGUGGGCAUGUACCAGUUACAGACGCCGACGCUGCUACUCCGCGAUCCAGAAGUUAUUCGGUUGUUUCUGGUGAAGAGCUUCGCACAUUUCACGGACAGAGGAUUCUUGUAUGACGGUCACAGGGAACCGUUGACCAAACAUUUAGUCAAUUUAGAGGGUGAUACGUGGAAGAUUCUCCGACAAAAGCUCACGCCCACGUUCAGCUCUGGUAAAAUCAAAAAUAUGUUAGGACUGUUACAAGGCUGCGGGGUGCAACUUAUUGAGUACAUGGAUGCAACCAUCGAGUCUGGAAAGACGGAAUUCGAAAUUCGUGACCUAACAGCCAAAUUCACUACAGACGUGAUUGGCACGUGUGCGUUCGGACUGGAAUGCAAUUCACUGAAAGACUCGCAAUCCGAAUUCAGACGAAUGGGAUGUGCGGUGCUCAAUUCUUCCACGUCUUUAGCGUUGGCUAAAAUGAUCCGAGUGUUCUUCCCAAAAAUUUUCAAGGCGUUGAAAUUGCGUACGUUCCCGGCCGAAGUGCAACAGUUCUUCAUGGGCAUUGUAAAGCAGACAAUCGACUUCCGGAACACCAACCCAGUGCGUCGGAACGACUUCAUACAGCUGUUGCUUGAGAUUAAAAGCCAAAAUCACCUUCAAGAAAACGCGGUUAAUUCCAUUGAACUGACUGAGGAGUUGAUCGCCGCUCAAGUGUUCGUGUUCUUCUUGGCCGGCUUUGAGACCUCGUCCACAACACUGAGUUUUUGCUUGCAUGAGAUGGCUGUCAAUCAAGACAUUCAAAACAGGGUGUACGACGAAAUCAACGAAACAGCCAAUAGGUAUGGGCUGCCGUUCUCUUAUGAAGCAAUCUCGUCAAUGAACUACUUAGAACAAUGUCUGAAAGAAACGAUGAGAAAAUAUCCACCAGUACAGGCUUUAUCCCGGGUGUGCACCAAACAAUUCAAAGUUCCCGGCACAAACUUGGACCUGGACGUGGGCACGGCCGUUUUGAUACCAGUGUACGCGAUACAUCACGACCCACAGUACUAUCCAGAACCAGACACGUUUGAUCCAGACCGAUUCGCUAAAGACGGCGACGGCGGCGGUGGCGACAAUGGGAGACCAGCCGGAGUUUAUUUGCCGUUUGGCGAUGGCCCUAGAAUAUGUAUAGGUAUGCGUUUUGCCAUGUUAGAAAUGAAACUGGCGUUGGCCCAGUUCCUGCACAGCUAUUUGGUGACUCUGAGCGACAAAUCCUGUACACGCAUCGAGUUCGAACCGGCGUCAUUCUUAUCAUGCCCGAAAGGCGGUAUAUGGUUGAACGUCAAUAAACGUCAAUAAACCAUAAGACGACAUCACACAGACCGUGGUUUUUGUGUAGGUAUGACAAAUGACAAUGCCAUCAUACAACGUGUAAUUUGAAUCAUGAUAUUAUUUAGGAAUAAUAUUGAACUCUUUAUUUUUGUUUUGUACGAUUUUACA